GUGAUAAUGAUUGUGAUGAUGGUGAUGGUGAUGAUGGUGGUGAUGGUGAUGAUGGUGCUUUGUUAAUGAUUUCUAUCGUGACAGCGUGUGACGUUAAUGACGCUGAUGAUGGUGAUUGUGCAAAUGAUGCCAUAAUGAUGAUGAUGGUGUGAUGUUAAUGGUGGUGAUGAUGGCUGUAGUUGUGGUGGCGUGGUGGGGGGUGAGUGGGGGGAGCGGUGCCGCGUCAUUGCGGUAGCGCUCUCUCCCAUCUCUCUCCCUCCCGUCAUUACGAGUCACGUGAGUGGAGAGAGCGCAGGAGGGAGAGACGCAGAGAGAGAGAGAGCGAGAGGAGAGAGCGAGGAAGAUGGCGCCCCAACGAGGACUGAAGGCGGUGGUGGGGGAGAAGAUCAUGACCGAGGUGAUUAAGAAGGUGAAGAAGCGAGGAGAAUGGAAGGUGCUCGUGGUCGACCACCUGAGCAUGCGCAUGCUGUCGGCCUGCUGCCGCAUGACGGACAUCAUGAGCGAGGGCAUCACGAUCGUGGAGGACCUGCACAAGGUGAGGGAGACGCUGCCCACUCUGGAGGCUGUCUACCUCAUCACGCCCACCGAAAAGUCCGUGUCGGUGCUGAUCGACGACUUCAUGGACGCCAUGAACUACCGCUAUCGCGCGGCGCACGUGUUCUUCACUGACGCGUGCCCUGACGCACUCUUCAACAAGCUGGUCAAGUCCAAGUGCUCCAAGGCCGUGAAGACACUGCAGGAGAUCAACAUCGCCUUCCUGCCAUACGAGUCGCAGGUGUUCCUGCUGGACUUUGUGGAGGCGACGCAGGUGGUGUACAGCCCGCACCGCGCCAGCGAGCGCAACCGCGCCAUGGAGCGCAUGGCGGAGCAGAUCGCCACGCUGUGCACCACGCUCAAGGAGUACCCGGCCGUGCGCUACCGCGGGGAGUUCCCCCCGAAUGGGCUGCUCGCUCAGCUGGUUCAGGACAAACUCAACGCCUACAAGGCCGACGACCCCACCAUGGGCGAGGGCCCGGACAAGGCUCGCUCGCAGCUGCUGAUCGUGGACCGCGGCGUGGACCUCGUGUCGCCGCUCGUGCACGAGUUGACCUUCCAGGCCAUGGCCUACGACCUGCUGCCCGUCGAGAACGACGUCUACAAGUACGAGACGACGGGGCAGGGGGAGACGAAGACGAAGGAGGUUCCCCUGGACGAGGACGACGAACUGUGGGCGUCACUCCGGCACAAGCACAUCGCAGAGGUCUCACAGGAGGUGACUCGCUCACUGAAGGAGUUUUCCACCAACAAGAAGAUGGCUUCAUCCGGAGAAAAGACCACGAUACGCGACUUGUCCCAGAUGCUCAAGAAGAUGCCGCAGUACCAGAAAGAGCUGAGCAAGUACUCGACGCACCUGCACCUGGCGGAGGACUGCAUGCGGAUGUACCAGGAGGGAGCUGACAAGCUGUGCCGCGUGGAGCAGGACCUGGCGACGGGGCUGGACGCGGAGGGGGAGAAGGUGAAGGAUCCCAUGCGCAUCACCGUGCCCAUCCUGCUGGACGAGAACGUCAGCACCCUGGACAAGAUCCGCGUCAUCUGCCUCUACGUGCUGCUCAAGAACGGGAUCACGGACGAGAACCUGCAGAGGUUGAUCGACCACGCCAAGAUCCCCUCGGAGGAUGCCGACAUCAUCACCGCCAUGGCGCACUACGGCGUGCCCGUCAUCGCUGAGACGUCCGCGCGCCGCAAGAAGCAGCCGGACCGCAAGGAGCGCGUGGGCGAAAAGACGUACCAGCUGUCUCGCUGGGUGCCCGUCAUCAAGGACAUCAUGGAGGACGCCAUCGACGACAAGCUGGACGUGAAGCUGUGGCCCUACAUCUCCACGCGACCUAUGACCUCGGGCGGCUCCGGGGCCGUCAGCUCGCGCUACGGCCACUGGCACGAGUCGCGUGGCGCCUCCGAGUACCGCAGCGGCCCCCGCCUCAUCGUCUUCUUUGUGGGCGGCGUGGGCCUCAGCGAGACGCGCAGCGCCUUCGAGGUGUCGCAGGGUGGCACCAAGUGGGAGGUCGUCGUCGGCUCCACCCACCUGCUGACUCCACAGCGGUUCCUCUCCGACCUCCGCCACCCGGACUUCCGCCAGGGGUCACGCGUCUCCUUCGGCGGGGCCGGAGCCCCCGACAGCUGAAGCCCCCCCCCCCAGACAUCUCCCUCCCCACCACCACCUCCACGACCCACCCUGACACCCAGACACCCUGACACACCACCCCCAGGACCCCCCGCGUCACUACCCCCCUGACCUCUUCCCCCGUGUCACGACCCCCCCCCCCCCGUGAUCCCGAGCGCCGCCCGGCACCGCACGCUGCUGAGUGGAAGUGAGGCCUCGCCGUCGUCACCGCCGUCGUCACCGUCACGGCACCGUGCGCGCCACACACAUGUUGGGAGAAUAAAGCCGUUGACGGCGUCGUCGUCGUGACGUCCUCGGCGGCGUCAUCGGCGUCGUCAUCGUGACGUCGUCUGCAGCGUCGUCAUCGGCGUCGUCAUCGUGACGUCGUCUGCAGCGACGUCAUCGUGACGUCGUCAUCGUGACGUCGGCGUCGUCAUCGUGACGUCGUCGGCGGCGUCUUUGUUGCGACUUACUACUGCUACCAUCAUCACUACGAACACCAUCAUCGUCAUCAUUACUACUGCUACCAUCAUCACUACGAACACCAUCAUCACCAUCACCACCAUCCUCAUCAUCACCAUCAUCGUCAUCAUUACUACUGCUACCAUCAUCACUACGAACACCAUCAUCACCAUCAUCGUCAUCAUUACUACUGCUACCAUCAUCACUACGAACACCAUCAUCACCACCAUCGUCAUCAUUACUACUGCUACCAUCAUCACUACGAACACCAUCAUCACCACCAUCGUCAUCAUUACUACUGCUACCAUCAUCACUACGAACACCAUCAUCACCACCAUCCUCGUCACCACCAUCAUCGUCAUCAUUACUACUGCUACCAUCAUCACUACGAACACCAUCAUUACCAUCAUCGUCAUCAUUACUACUGCUACCAUCAUCACUACUAACACCAUCAUCACCACCAUCCUCGUCACCACCAUCAUCGUCAUCAUUACUACUGCUACCAUCAUCACUACGAACACCAUCAUCACCAUCACCACCAUCCUCAUCAUCACCAUCAUCGUCGUCAUCAUUACUACUGCUACCAUCAUCACUACGAACACCAUCAUCACCAUCAUCGUCAUCAUUACUACUGCUACCAUCAUCACUACGAACACCAUCAUCACCACCAUCGUCAUCAUUACUACUGCUACCAUCAUCACUACGAACACCAUCAUCACCACCAUCCUCGUCACCACCAUCAUCGUCAUCAUUACUACUGCUACCAUCAUCACUACGAACACCAUCAUUACCAUCAUCGUCAUCAUUACUACUGCUACCAUCAUCACUACUAACACCAUCAUCACCACCAUCCUCGUCACCACCAUCAUCGUCAUCAUUACUACUGCUACCAUCAUCACUACGAACACCAUCACCACCAUCCUCAUCACCAUCAUCAUCGUCAUCAUUACUACUGCUACCAUCAUUACUGCUAACACCACCAUCAUCGUCAUCAUUAAUACUGCUACCAUUGCCACCAUCACCACCAUCAUCAUUACUACCAUCAUCAUCAUCACCACCACUAUCAUCGUUACUACUACCACCAUCAUCAUCAUCACCACACCAGCAUCACCAUCACCACCACCAUCAUCAUUGUAGAGGUCAUCACCGUCUUUCGUGUUUCGUUCACCGAUGAGGUGUAUGUCUGUGUGUGGGUGUCUGUGUGUCUCUGUGGGUCUGUGUCUGUGUGUUUGUGUGUCUGUGUCUGUGUGUGUCUGUGUGUCUGUGGGUGUCUGUGUCUGUGUGUGGGUGUCUGUGUGUUUGUGUGUGGGUAUCUGUGUGUCUGUGUUUGUGUGUGGGUGUCUGUGUGUCUGUGUGGGUGUCUGUGUAUCCGUGUGGGUGUCUGUGUGUGUGUCUGUGUGGGUUACUGUGUGUUUGUGUGUGUCUGUGUGUGUGUGUUCACGCCUGUGUGUGUAUGUACCCACGUCUGUGUGUGUGUGUGUACCCACGUCUGUGUGUGUGUGUACCCACGUGUGUGUGUGUACCCACGUCUUUUUGUGUGUGUACCCACAUCUGUGUGUACCCACAUCUGUGUGUGUGUGUGUGUACCCACGUCUGUGUGUGUGUGUACCCACGUCUGUCUGUGUGUGUGUGUACCCACGUCUGUGUGUGUGUGUGUACCCACGUCUGUCUGUGUGUGUGUGAGCUGUGGCGUAGUGGUUAGCGCUACGCUGCGCUCCGAACCCGACGACCCGAGUUCGAUUCCCGCUCACGGCCAACACAAGUGACGAUUAUCUGAACCGGUCCUGGGCCUCCCCUAGGUCGACUCAGCCUCGAAUGAGUACCUGAUACGGUGUGUAGUAAACAUCGCCGCUGGGGAGACAAAGGCGGCCGGGCGUGGUGCUGGCCACCCACCCCCUCGAGUGCCGUGCCGGCCUUCAUAGGUGCUCGCUAACAGCACUUGCCCCGAAAAGUUUGCUAAAGGCUAUACGGGGGAUCUUUGUCUUUAUGUGUUUGCGUACACCUUUGCAUGCGUGUGUUGUGUGUGCGCGCGCGCGCGCGCGUUUCGGCAUGAGUGUGUCGUGCGUACACACGUGUAUGUGUGUCGCGUGUGUAAUAUGUGUGUAGGUGUGUGUAUGUGUGUGUGUCUGUGUGUGUAUAUGUGUGUAUGUGUGUGUGUGCAUGUGUGUGCGUGUAUGUGUGUGUGUAGGUGUGUGUGUGUAUGUGUGUGUGUAUGUGUGUGUGUAUGUGUGUAUGUGUGUGCACGUGCGCGUGCUGCAUGCGCCGAGGCGGUGCCGAUGGUCUCUCCCGCGUGCCCCCCCCCCCCCCGUGUGCCCCCCCCCCCCCGAGCUAUGCACGCGCGAGUCGCCUCGUGUCGUCGUCGUCGUCGUGGUGAUCGUCGUGGUCGUCGUCGUGUUUCGUGUCCCCCUCCUCCUCCUCCUCGUCGUGUCUCGUCGUGAGCCAGGGCGCAUGCAGCACGAGCCCUGCUGUGACGUCAGUGUCGCCGCCGCCGCCGUCCAAAAGCCGUCGACGAUUUCCACUUUGUGUUGACUGUCCCCAGGCAGGUCCCGCGCCGAGCCACGACCGCUCGCAGGCGACCUCGUGAAAAGGAGCCCCGUGAUACGAAUGCGCGUUGGUUAUACGAAACUCGUGGAGACGCACAGAGACCCAGAGACUUUGUGUAGAACCACAGAGACCCACAGAGACCCCAAAGACUCUGUGUAGAACCAUAGAGACCCACAGAGACCCACAGAGACCCAGAGACUCUGUGUAGAACCAGAGACCCACAGAGACCUUGUGUAGAACCAGAGACACAGAAACCCACAGACUUUGUGUAGAACCAUAGAGACCCACAGAGACCCAGAGACUCUGUGUAGAACCAUAGAGACCCACAGAGACCCAGAGACUUUGUGUAGAACCAGAGACCCACAGAGACCCACAGAGACCCAUAGACUAAUGUAGAACCAUAGAGACUCACAGAGACCCACAGAGAUUUUGUGUAGAACCAUAGAGACCCACAGAGACCCACAGACUUUGUGUAGAACCAUAGAAACUCACAGAGACCCAUAGACUUUGUGUAGAACCAUAGAGACCCACGGAGACCCAGAGACUCUGUGUAGAACCAUAGAGACCCACAGAGACUUCGUGUAGAACCAGAGACCCACAGAGAUUCACAGAGACUGUGUAGAACCAGAGACACACAGAGACCCAGAGACUUUGUGUAGAACCAUAGAGACCCACACAGACCCAGAUACUCUGUGUAGAACCAGAGACCCGCAGAAACCCACAGAGACCCACAGAGACCCAGAUAUACUUUGUGUAGAACCAGAGACCCACAGAGACCCAGAGAGACUUUGUGUAGAACCAGAGACCCACAGAGACUUUGUGUAGAACCAUAGAGACCCAGAGAGACCCAUAUUAACACUAAACUAUUAUUGUUUUACCAGGUAAGGCCCACUUUAGCUAUAACGCCCUUGUUCAAUAACCACCUGGCCACAAAUGAGGGCAAAACGAAUUGACGUAUCGUGUGUCAAUGUACAGCAGCCAAAUCCUCUAAACGUGCGUGUGGUGUUUCUCAAAGUGGAGGGGGGAAACCCGGAGGACCCAGGGAGAACACGCAAACUCCAAAUAUACAACAGGCGCUGUCAGGGUCGGGGUCGAACGCACGACCUCCUGCAGACCAGGCGAGGGAGUUAACAUCUCCCAGCCGCCGUGGCGAGGUCCUUCAGCUCGGCCCCGGCCCCCUGACCCUCCAGACUGCCUCAACCCUCGCCCUGACGCCAGCCUCGACGUCAAACCCGGCCCCUGACCCCCUACACCCAGGGCACAAUACAACGCAGAGCCAUAGCCCUGAACCCACACCCUGCCCCUGUCCCUGCUGCGGCGGCGGCGUGGCUGCGAGUGACUUAGCUGUGUGACUUGUUCCCGCUGGUGGUGAGAGUGUAGACUUCAAGAUGUCGCGUUCCCGUGGCGAUGAGACCGUUCCGAUGCCGAUAGCGACGGUAAUUUGGCACAUUGCACGCUGACUGCCCCUACUGGACCCAGUAAAACCCCCUUACUCGGCCUCAC